AAUUUAAUGUAUCAUUAAUAAAUAAUUUCAAAAUAUUAGUAAUGGACAUAAUAAAGAAAUUGUCAUCUCUGCAGGAAAUUUCAAAAAUUCAGUUGUCAAAAAUAUUGAGCCUAGCACCGGACAAAAAAAACCUAAUACUAGAAUCAAGUUUAAUCAAACCCCUAGAAAGAGUAUGCGGAGUAAAAUGGCUAAAAGGAAACGGCGUAGAAAAAAUAUACAAAUUGGAAUCGGUAAACCCGGAGGCGAACACGAACGCCAUCUUUUACAUGAUACAUCUCGAUACCAAGGUAUUUAAACGAGUAGUAGACCAAAUAAGAUCACAAACGAACAUAGAAAACCCAGUAAAAGAUCGAUACCACAUAAUAGUUGUACCCAGGCACACAUGUACGUUCGAAAACGAGCUGGAGCAGCUAGGACUGCUGCACAGCAUAGUAAGAGUCCAUUCGUUUCAAUGGAUGCCCGUGCACCUCGAUACGGGCCUACUCAGCUUGGAAUUGCCUGAUGUGUACAGUUCGUUGUUCGUUUACGAGAACUUGGCGUGUCUCCCGGCGUUGUCGAAGUGCCUCUGGCAAUUGAGCUUCGUAAUAGGCAAGCCGGAGUUCGUAUUGGCGCUGGGAAAAUACUCGAACGGGGUGCUGAAGCAAUUCGAGGAGUACUGCGAGAAUCGAGGGGACACCGAUAAAUUAGAAUCGGACGUAGGCGCUUUAAUUAUCGUAGACCGAAGCAUGGAUUAUACCAGUGCUUUGUUAACGCCCGGUAACUACGCUGCGUUACUUAGCGAGGUGUACACUGUAAGCACGGGUAUAUGCGAAAAGAAGAAGGAAGAAACCGAAAAAUUAGACGAAAAAUGCAACCCGCUGCUCGAGAAACAACCGCUCCACAUCACUCUAGACAGCACCAAAGACAGCAUUUACUCGGACAUCAAGAACCGGUACUUCACCGAGGUGACGUCCGUCCUGAGCAACCUAACGAAGCAACUGAAAACCGAAAAGGUCAACUCCAAAGAAAUGGCGCUCGACGAAAUCAAGCGCUACGUCCAAACGCAACUGCAGGCCACCAAAUUCAAGAAGAAACUGAUCACCAAUCACCUAAUGGCCGCCGAGACGAUCAUCAACAUCUUGGGCCAUCGGUACGAGAGGCAGAACGAGAUCGAACAGAACAUCGUACGCAACACCGACAGGAGCGCCAAUCUCGCCUACUUGGAAGAACUGUUGAAUACUUCGAACGAUCCCCGCGUCACGCUGAGGCUCUUCUGCUUGUUCUCGCUGUUCCAGUCGCCGGGCGACUCGGACGUCCGGAGGUUCUGGUCGAAGUUCCUGCACCAGUUCGGCUUCGAGCGCGGCUUCGCCUUUCACAAUUUGGCGACGGCGGGGUUCGUGCCGGAGCCCGCGCCGUCGGGCGGCGCCCUCAACCUGCAGGGCAAGCUGAAAUUGCCGAUGUUCGCGGCGAGCGACGCCCACGUCAGCGCCAGGAACCUGCGCCAGCUGCCGCCCGAUCCGAGCAAGGUGAAUUUGAGGUUCCCCACGUGCCCCAGUUACAUAUUCGGCGGCGGUUACGUGCCGUUGAUAGCUCAGAUGGCGGGCAUGGUGUUGAAUUCGGUGCCGGUGGCGGAGAUUCGCGGUAAAAUCGAGGCGCUCGGGUCGCUGUUUGUCACAGAGAAAAAGGGCCAUUUGCUGCAAAAUAGGACUGUGCUGAUAUACGUGAUUGGAGGGGUUACUUACGCCGAAGUGGCCGCUUGUAAUCUGUUGGAAACGCUCAUGGGCGCUCAAAUUGUUAUUUUGAGCGAUAAAAUUAUCACGGGCAACGAUUUGAUGGAGAGUAUUUUGAGUUAUCCUAAGUGAAACUGAUUCUACUGACUCUACUGUGAUUUAUAUGUAGAAAUAGGGUAUAAAUUUAGAUAUUUUUUUACUUGUAAGUUUUCUAAAGAUCAUCUGAC